AUGGCAUCUUUAAUGCCGUCGCGUGCACCAGAUGAUAACGUACAUGCAAUAUCAGAACCAUCAACAACCAUUUUUAAAGAAGUAUACGAGGAUGAUAAGUUAGACUUUUUGGUCUUUGGCGACUGGGGAUUUCAAGGCAAAGGAAUCGGUAAAAAUCAUGGCAACCAAAAGAACGUAGCCUUUGCUAUGAAGAAAUGGGCAGAAAGAUAUGAUUCACGAUUUAUAAUAAAUGUUGGAGAUAGCUUUUAUAAAAGUGAAGAAGGCGAUCAUCAAGGAGUUGAUUCUGUGAAUGAUACGAAAUGGAAGACGGCUUGGUUAAAUGUGUACAAAGGAAAAUUGGCACAGAUUCCUUGGUACAGCGUAGCGGGAAAUCAUGACUGGUAUAAUAAUGUUACGGCGGAAGUCGAUUACAGUUUGAAUGUAAAUUCAAGAUUUUUCAUGCCAUCAUUAUUUUAUGUUCGGACAAGCGUAUUUGGUAAUGAAGAAAAGGUUAAAGUUACAUGGAUACAUAUUGAUACGAAUUUGUUUUAUUAUAAAUAUGAUGAGAUAAAAAAGGAAGGAAUGAAAGAGAAAUUUGGAACGUUGGGAUGGGAUGACGAGGGUGAAAUCGAAGAAAAAUUAAAAUGGGUAGAAGAACAAUUAAUUGACCAACAAGAUGCAAAUUGGAUUUUUGUGGUGGGACAUCAUCCAUUAAUCGGGAAAUGUGUUGACAAUUACUACAUGCCAAGGUUAACAACGUUAUUUGAAAGAUAUAAAGUAUCAGGAUAUUUUGCAGGUCAUGCUCACACAUUAGAAUAUCAAUAUCCUAAACCGAACUCUUCUGUUGCAUAUUUUACUUCUGGCGCCGGAAGCAGGACGAGUCCAGGUUGCAAUGGGAAAGAUUGGGGUGCGCCUGAAGGCACUUUUGGAUUUUUACAUGCUACCAUAAUAGGUAAUGAAAUGAAUUUUGAAUUUGUUAAUGCUACGACUAUAAAAGAUAAAAUUAUUUAUCAAGGUAAAUUAACUGCCAAUCCAAUUUGGUAUCCAAAAUAA